GCUGUGAGACUCGGAGGCGGUAGCGCGGCACCCCCCCCACCCCGGGCGAGGAGCGAGCGCGCCGGCGUGAGCGGCGGGUGCAAGGGCUGCGGGGAAGGGGAUUCGCCGCCGCCGAGAUGCCGGAGUUCUUGGAAGACCCCUCGGUCCUGACGAAAGAGAAGUUGAAGAGUGAGUUGGUCGCCAACAAUGUGACGCUCCCGGCCGGGGAGCAGCGCAAAGACGUGUACGUGCAGCUCUACCUGCAGCACCUCACGGCGCGCAACCGGCCGCCGCUCGCCGCCGGCGCCAACAGCAAGGGGCCCCCGGACUUCUCCAGCGACGAAGAGCGCGAACCUACCCCGGUCCUGGGCUCUGGGGCCGCCGUCGCGGGCCGCAGCCGCGCCGCAGUCGGCAGGAAAGCCACAAAGAAAACUGAUAAACCCAGACUAGAAGAUAAAGAUGAUCUAGAUGUAACCGAGCUCUCUAAUGAAGACCUUCUGGAUCAGCUUGUGAAAUAUGGAGUGAACCCUGGUCCUAUUGUGGGAACAACCAGGAAGCUAUAUGAGAAAAAGCUGUUGAAACUGAGGGAACAAGGAACAGAAUCUAGAUCUUCUACUCCUCUGCCAGCAAUUUCUUCUUCAGUGGAAAAUACAAGACAGAAUGGAAGUAAUGACUCUGACAGAUACAGUGACAAUGAAGAAGGAAAGAAGAAAGAACACAAGAAAGUGAAGUCCACUAGGGAUUUUUUUCCUUUUUCUGAACUUCCAACUACUCCCUCUGGUGGAUUUUUUCAGGGUAUUUCUUUUCCUGAAAUCUCCACCCGUCCUCCUUUGGGCAGGACUGAACAACAGGCAGCUAAGAAAGUACAUUCUUCUAAGGGAGACCCACCUAGGGAACCUCUUAUUGCCACAGCCUUGCCUGGCAGGGAACAGAUGCAGAAGUUAGCUUCUGGAGGGAAUUUGUUUGUUUCCUCCAAGUCUAGCCAUGAUAGAUGUUUAGAGAAAAGUUCUUCGACAUCUCCUCAGCAUGAACUCGCUGCCAUGUUGGUCUCUGCUGCAGCUUCUCCUUCACUGAUUAAAGAAACCACCAGUACUUGCUAUAAAGACAUAGUAGAAAAUAUUUACUGUGGAGAGAAAAGUGGAAUUCAACCAUUAUGUACUGAGAGGUCCCAUGUUUCAGAUCAGUCAGUUCUCUCCGGUGAAAGGAGAGCACUAGAAGAGUCUGAGAGAUCACAAGUAAUUUCUCCACCACUGGCUAAGGCAAUAAGAGAUUACAUCAAUUCUCUGUUGGUCCAGGGUGGAGUAGGUAGUUUGCCUGGGACUUCUAACUCUACACCCCCACUGGAUGUAGAAAAUAUAUGGAAGAGAAUUGAUGCACCUAAUUUUCGAGAAACAGAAUCCCUGUCUCCUCCACGAAAAUUACCUAGACUCAGUGAAAAGUCAGUAGAAGAAAAGGAUUCAGGUUCCUCUGUGGCAUUUCAAAAUAUACCUGGAUCUGAACUGAUGUCUUCUUCUGCAAAAACCGUUGUCUCUCACUCACUCACUACCUUAGGCAUAGAAAUGUCUAAGCAAUCACAGCAUGAUCAAAUAGAUGCCCCCGAACUAUCUUUUCCCUUCCAUGAAUCUAUUUUAAAAGUAAUUGAAGAGGAGUGGCAGCAAAUUGACAGGCAGCUGCCUUCACUGGCAUGCAAGUAUCCAAUUUCUUCCAGAGAGGCAACACGGAUAUUAUCAGUUCCAAAAGUAGACAAUGAAAUCCUAGGGUUUAUAUCUGAAGCCACUCCACCAGCAGGUAUUCAGGCAGCUUCCCCUGAGUCCUAUGAUAAACAGUUGGACUUAGCACUUUGUGGAACGUAUGAAGCUGCAGCAUCAGCAUUGCAGAUUGCAACCCAUACUGCCUUUGUAGUUCGGGCUAUGCAGGCAGACGUUAGUCAGGCUGCACAAAUUCUUAGCUCAGAUCCUAGUCACGUGCACCAGGCACUUGGGAUGCUAAGCAAAACAUAUGAUGCGGCCUCAUUUCUUUGUGAAGCUGCCUUUGAUGAAAUAAAAAUGGCUGCUUAUACCAUGGGAUCUUCCACCUUAGGUCGCCGAUAUCUCUGGCUAAAAGAUUGCAAAAUUAAUCCAGCUUCUAAGAAUAAGCUGGCUGUUACUCCCUUUAAAGGCGGAACAUUAUUUGGAAGAGAAGUAUUCAAAGUAAUUAAAAAGUGUGGAAAAAAACACUAAUAAAAUUAAGAAUAAAGACAUCUAUCUUAUCUUUGAUAUGGGGGAACUUGGUAGCUUUUCUAGGAAUUUGAAGUACUUUUAUGCCAAAAUUUUCUAAGAUCUUUUUAGUCUCCAGAAUAGCCUAAUUUCAAAAUGUCAAACUUCAAUUAAAUUGCAGUAUAAAAGUAAUUGCCUACAUAUAUCUGCCUUUUUUUUUAGUUGCACAGAAAGAAACCUGAUACUAACAGUUUAAAGCUUUUCUAGAUCACAUUUUUUUCUCAAAUAGUUCAGUCUUUCCUAUUUUAAGAUUUUACAACUCUUCAAAACUAAGAAAAUUCCAUUAACUAGAUUAUAAGUUGAGUCUCCAUGGUUUUAAAUAUUACCAAAUAUUUUAUUACUUUCCAGAACUUGUCUACACAUUUUCUCUUAUUUUCUCACUUGUGUUGUUUUUUACUGAUAUCUACAGUAUUGUUCAUAAUAGUCCAAAUCAGUGCAACUCAAAGUGCCAGUCUACAAACUGUUACUGAUCCACAGAUAAGAUAAGCAUGUCCCAGAAUUUGAAUCUAGAUGAAUGACAGGCUUUAUUUUUGUGGUAAAACUUUAUUGGUAGAGGAAAGACAGUGUGCUGAUUUACAUUCUGGCACAAAUGCCUCGUUUUUUCAUGGACUGGUAGCAAACAGUUGGUGGACUACACUUUGAGAAAUACUGCUGUAGACCAUAGUAUUCUGGGAUAGUGCAUUCUCACCAUCACUGUAAAACUAUAGUCAGAUGAAUUAGGAAAGAUGGGACUUUUUUUUUAUAAGUAACAUUUUUAAGGUACAUUGUAAUUCAUGGAUGAUUAGGCUUAAUCUAAGCUAAAUUCUAAAAGCAAAUUUAAGUUAUUAGUUUUUUUUUAAGUCAUAAGAAAUCAUACUAUAUCCCAGUUUCUGUGUGUCUAUAUAAAGCAAUAUAUUCUCUGUUUUCAUUUCUAUGAUUGUAAGAUGAGAGAGUCUAACUGUAGAGGCACUUGAUAAUAGAAUUUCUUUGUAUUUUUAUGGAAAAUAGUAGUAUUAAUUAUAAACAAAGUAUAGUCCCGUGGGACUUACAGCCAUUACUAUAUUCUUAGACUAACCUAUCCAUCUUUGCAGCUUUCUGGGAGUAAGUCUAUUUGUUAUUUGUCUUCUGAAAUGUACAUGUAUACAUGUACCUACUAAGUACUAUGUGAUUUUUUUUUA